CGUCCCGGGCCGUCCGCCCGCAGCCCGACCCUCUGCCGGUCCCGCUGGUCCUCCUGUCCCGCUCCGGGGUCCCGCGCCAUGAGCUCCACGCAGUUCAACAAGGGCCCGUCCUACGGGCUCUCGGCCGAGGUCAAGAACCGGCUCCUGUCCAAAUAUGACCCCCAAAAGGAAGCAGAACUCCGAAGCUGGAUAGAGGGACUCACGGGCCUCUCCAUUGGCCCUGACUUCCAGAAGGGUCUGAAAGAUGGGGUUAUCCUAUGCACACUCAUGAACAAGCUGCAGCCAGGCUCCGUCCCUAAAAUCAACCGCUCUAUGCAGAACUGGCACCAGCUAGAAAAUCUCUCCAACUUCAUCAAGGCCAUGGUCAGCUACGGCAUGAACCCUGUGGACCUGUUUGAGGCCAAUGACCUGUUCGAGAGCGGGAACAUGACACAGGUGCAAGUGUCUCUGCUUGCACUGGCUGGAAAGGCCAAGACCAAGGGGCUGCAGAGUGGUGUGGACAUUGGAGUUAAGUAUUCGGAGAAACAGGAGAGGAACUUUGACGACGCCACCAUGAAGGCCGGCCAGUGCGUCAUCGGGCUGCAGAUGGGCACCAACAAGUGUGCCAGCCAGUCUGGCAUGACAGCCUAUGGUACCAGGAGACAUCUCUAUGACCCCAAGAACCAUAUCCUGCCUCCCAUGGACCACUGCACCAUCAGCCUCCAGAUGGGCACCAACAAGUGUGCCAGCCAGGUGGGCAUGACAGCUCCAGGGACCCGGAGGCACAUCUAUGACACCAAGCUGGGCACCGACAAGUGCGACAACUCUUCCAUGUCCCUGCAGAUGGGCUACACGCAGGGCGCCAACCAGAGCGGUCAGGUCUUCGGACUGGGGCGGCAGAUCUACGAUCCCAAGUAUUGCCCACAGGGCUCUGCAGCUGACGGGGCUCCUGCGGGUGACGGCCAAGGCGAGGCCCCAGAGUACCUGGCCUACUGCCAGGAGGAAGCUGGCUACUGAGCACCCAGCAUGCCAGCUCCCCCACUGCAUCAGCAGCCCUGUGUGGGCUUUGGGGUUUUCAUUGUGUUUUGUGUUUGGAAACUGGUCAUCUCUUUGUAUCUCUCUCUGGCCUGGAACUCACUGCAAUCCUCCUGCCUCAGCUUCCUAAGGGCUGGGAUGACAGAUCUGUGCUAUCUAUGCUCCUUCCUCACCCACCAUGCCUCGCUUCCUUCCCAGGAUUGACCCACCAGACAGGGGACAUGGGUGUCCUUGGUGGGACAGUGAGGCUGUGCGUUUCCCAGUGGGCUGUGGGAGAGGCUGGCCCCAAUGGGCUUCCUGUUUCUUCAUCUCUUUCACAUCAGUUUGUGGUUUGUGAACCCGGGGAAAUUACAGGCAGUUUCAAUGAAAGAAAACAAGGGGUUUUGUGGGGGUUUUGCCUCAAAAGUAUUGGAGUACACUAGGCUUUAAAAUACUGCAGGCAUUCUGAGGGACUAAGUUUGCUUUCCCACGACUCUCAGACUUCACCCUCCUGUGCCCCGUGGGGAAACUGAGGCAAGCCAGAUGUGACCCCAACGCCUGCAGCCCUCCCUCACUCCUCUGGUGUUUGAAGGCUUCCCUGCCCCUGUGCAGGCCCUGAUUAGGUGUGCUAGAGUCUGGGCCUCGGAAGGGGCCACACAUGACCCACACGGGCCCCUGCACUGCCAGAAAAUGUGAAAUUCCCUGUGUGGACCAAAAAAACAAAAAAAAAAACAAAAACAAAACAAAAACAAAAACAAUAAAAACCUCUGUUUCUAAGAGUAAAGUACA